AUGCUGCCGCACCGGGCCCUCUACCAAACGUUGUGUCGAGUCGGGGAUAAGGUCGUUUACCCCAUUCUCCCAGCGUUCGCCAAGCCCGCCUGGAAUCACGCCGCGGGGCCAAAGACGGUAUUUUUCUGGGCGCCCACCAUCAAAUGGGCCCUUGUCGGCGCUGGAAUCGCGGAUUUGGCUCGCCCGGCGGAGAAGUUGUCUCUUUCACAGAAUCUUGCCCUCGCUGCCACUGGAUCAAUCUGGGCUCGCUACUGCCUUGUCAUCACCCCGGUCAACUACUAUCUGUGCAGCGUCAACGUUUUCGUCUUUCUGACCGGCUUCACGCAGUGCUGUCGUAUCGCUAACUAUCGGUAUAACCACCCCGAAGCUUCCACC